CGAAUGCGUCACCAACAUACAUUUCCCAUGAUCCUCGAGACAGGACUACAGAAGCAAACAUGGCGGCCAUUGGCAGGUUUGUGAAGAACGCGUGGAAUAAAGAGCCAGUGAUCACACUGUCCUGCGGAAUCGGGCUUCUGGCUUGUGUUCUGCCGGCUUUGAGCCCUUUAACAAAAUACACAGGAAUGAUGAACCAAGCUGUUCCAUACAAUUAUCCAGUCCCAGUUCGAGACGAUGGACACCAGUCGGACGUUCCCGCACAUCCCUGUGACCCGCAGGGGAGAAACCUGCGAUGGCUGAAAGACCUGUGAAAGUCCUGUACAGACACUCACCUCUACUUCUGUCUCAAUAAAACAUCUUUAUUUACCUAUA